UCAUCUAGACUAUCUUUCAUUAUAGGCCGGAGGCUCGAGAAUCCGUUGAACCAAUGCUUUAAGCGCCUCAUCGAUGAAGAGAUAGGGCUGAAAGACCUCGAAUUCUGGUCUACGUUUUGGUCGUCUAACAAGUUACUUGAAUCUUUACCAUCGCUGCCACUGGACCUAAUAGUGUCAUUGAAGGACAAGAAUCCCAGAAAUUUGUCAAUACUAAUUGUUCAUGUACGCUGUCUGAGCGUUAUUUUGGAGUCGUUCAAAAGUGAUCGUUUGAGAAAAUCUCGUGAUGAGGCUUUACAGAUCUGCGGCGGUGGAAAAGAAGUUAAAGUGCAUUGAAAUGGUAAAUUCGAUGGCAAUUUUGGCGAAGUUGUUUCCUGUUUUAUAUAUGGUUCAGGAAUCCCAGGCGCUGGACCAGUGUUUCAGCUCUUUGCUUUUUUGGCAAGGUACAAUUCCAGGUGAUAAACCGGGGUCGCUGGCCGAUGAAUUGGAAAUAAUGAAUGGAGGGGGUGAGGAUGUUAUAGGAGCACCGUUCGACCAGUCUGGUCCUUUGUCACCAGUGAAAAAUGAGGAGUGGCCGUUUGAGCCUUUGUUGGAUCAUUUGAAUUUGGGAAGGCCGUUCGGAGCCUUUUUUUUCGAUACUUUACUGGCUUUGUUUUUUUUGCCUUCGUUUACUUUGUCAGAGCUGAAAGGCUCUGCUAAGGAAAGCCUGCCAAGUCUUCCCCUGGCAUAUGUGUGGGAGCCUGGAUUGUUGGUGGAGGAGGCGAUGCCGUCGACCUGGGCGCAUUACAACAACAGAAUAGCCGUGAUGCAAUGUUUGCUAGAGGUGAUGAGAGAGCCGCAAAACCAAGAAGAAUCAACAGCAAAAAGUGCAUGGUGGGACUACUUCUGUACAAGACCGAAUCCGUACGCGAAGAUGCUGUUUAUCAGCUUGUUUAAUGUGGUUUUGAGCGAAUUACCGAGAGGGUGGAAUUUGAAUUAUUGGCCUUCCAAAAAGAAACAACUGGCAGAAUUAUCGAUAAGUUUAUUGAAUAUGAUGUUGGUAUACAAACACCCUAAAUCAUCUGAAGAAAGAGACGAACAUAGUGAAUUGACAGAUUUUUCAUCAAAAGAAAAUUAUUUUGUGCGUUUGCUAAGUCAACUUUCUUCUAACGACUAUGAUUUUUUGUUGAACAAUUUCUGUCGUAUCCUGUCAAUCGAUGGAUUGGCCAGGUUCGAAGAGAGACUUAUACUGUUUCUACAAGUUAUCUUAUUAAAUACAUCCUUCUUCAAUUAUGCACUCAAGCAAGAUAAAAUGAUCGAAAUAGUUGAUCCCCUCGUAUCGUUUCUGCACCACGCAAAUUGUCACUCUGACCUCUCCAGAUUGAUUUUCUCGCUGCUCCUUAUCCUUUCUGGUUCGAGAGACUUUGCCAUUUCACUUAACAAACAAGUACAAAAGAAACACUCCCUUCUUCUGUCCAGAGGGAGUUAUGCGGAUUUGCUUAUCCUCGGACUCCUACAGGGUGCUUCUCAAAUUGUCGUGGAAGACCUCAUCAUGCCUCUCACUAUUAUAUUCAAUAUAUCCGCCUAUCUGAAAAAUUUAGUACUUUCCACCAUCACAGAACUUCUCAACGUAUUCGAACUCGUUUCUAGAACAGAAUGGCUCCUCCAACAUGAAAAUAACCAUCGCUGUCUAUUUUUCAUUUUGGAAAUAUUCAACAAUAUCCUCCAGUAUCAAUACGAAACAAAUACUUCGUUUGCGUACUUACUGCUCAGAUAUAAAGACUCGUUCUAUAAGCUCGCCGACCUUCCAAAAACGUUGGAACAAAUGAUCGCCGGAGAGGUGAAAGGCGCCGAGAGCCCAUCCCAUGUUCCUGAAGAUAACCAACCUAGUCAGCCUGCACCCGAAUACCCACCUAUAUACAAUGCUCUAUGCGCUCAGGAUUCACCCUACGUCGAACAUUCCACUUUCGAGUCACCUUCCUCUUCAAAAUCUACUCGCUCAUCUUCGUUUCGCUGGACCUACCAAACUCUGCCUGAUUGGGCCACUCACCUACCCAUAUCGACCAUUCUCAGCUUCUUGAAUGGCGUCCUUCCUCAAAUUAAUGAAAUGCUUGAUGGUACUUAUUCUGAUCACGACAAAAUCCUAUCCUUCCUCAAGCGGACGACCUUGGUCGGUAUCCUUCCCGUCCCUCACCCUAUCGCUAUCGUCUUGUUCAAGUCCAGUCCUAACUUCGAAACCUGGGUUCUCCACCGCUGCCAGAGCCACCUCAAGUCCCCAUCCGCUCUUUAUUGAAAAAAUAAUAAUAAAUCUUGUACCUGGUUUUCGAUAUUUUUUAAUUUUGAGCAGUCCGCUGCAUGCGACGCCCAAAAGAAAAUUUUUUUUACUGGUACGAUCUUGAUUAUUUUUGGCUGCGUUUGGCACGCCUGGUUUUUUUCCCGCUGUUUUCUUAUUGUCCAAAAAUUUGUCGCGCUCGUGAGAUGCUUUGCGCCCGAUUCUCUGCGGUCUUUUUGCGGACCAAUGUGCCGGGCACCAAUAUGCCAGGUGCAAAUUGCUUUCGACGCGAAGUUUCUAAACAACCUGCCAUUAAAACGGCGUACAAAAGUACCUAUAAUUUUCUCGUUGACAGGCGAAAAAAAAUUCUGACAAGGGAGUCUGGAAAGAGAGCAUAUCAUGUCCUGUUUUUUUAAUGAAAGAGAUUCUGAUCUUGUUUUGCUCAAAAGGUAGAGUGAAGAAGCGCCAGAAGGGUAUCCAUGAAACUCGCAGCGCGUUGGGAUAUAAGGGCACACCGGGAGAGAUGCCAAGACGAACAGUGGAGAGAGGGGAGACUGUUUUAAAGGAGAUGAUCAAAAUACUCGGAGAUACGGCAAGGGAUGAUCGGGCAAAUGGAGAAGAGAUUGGCGUCGGUCGCAGAGAGCCCCGGACAAAGGACGACGACUGGAGAGAGAUCAUUGAAGGAAAAACUCCGAAAAAAAAUAAAAAGGGCGUCAAUCCGGAUGUGAGUAAUGACAAGGUGAAGGAUUCCAUGCGUGAUGAAAAGCGCGAAAAAAGUGCUACGAACCGUCACGUGAAAAACGCUACGAACCGUCACGUGAAAAACGCUACGAACCGCCACGUGAAAAACGGUGCUGGUCGUCACAUAAAAAAUGCUAAGGAUGAUCGUUUGUCUUUCUCACCGACGCCGAAAGUGAUAGAGGGUGUAGACAAGACGGAGGUUGUGUGUUCUUCGAGUGAGCGGUUGUCCAAGCGUCUAUCUGCAUGUGGUGUCUGCUCCAGGCGAGAAGCUGAAGCGUUCAUUAGGUCUGGAAGAGUGUCGGUGGAUGGUGUGGUGACGACGUCGGUAGCGACGGUCGUGAAUCCAUCACAGGCGGUUUUUGUUGAUAACAAGAAGAUUUGUGCACCUAGGCCGGAGAUGUUUAUCUUUUACAAACCGAGAAAAGUGUUGAUCACGCAUUUAGAAAAGGAAGAUCAACAACGUCGGACGCUUGGCCAGAUCUUAAGUGAAAUAGGAAAGCCUAACCUACGCUCAGUCGGACGUCUAGAUUAUCUGAGUGAAGGUCUGAUCCUUCUCACGAACGACGGAGAGCUCAAAAAAUACCUAGAGCACCCGAACUCUGAAUUCGUCCGAGAGUAUCGAGUUCGUGUGCAUGGCCAUAUCCUCAUUCAACGGCUUAUGGAUAUUUGUCAAAAGAGCUUUUGCAUUGGUGGCAUUCAUUACAGGCCGAUCCAACUUACGUUCGAACAAUCUAAAUACGGUGGUGCAAUGUCUACAGAUAUCUUGGGCAACAGCUGGAUAAGAGAUCCUAUCAAAUUUAUUCAUACACCUGGGAAAUCCGCAUCUUGGAGCAUUUCCAAUUUUCUGUCUUUCAAUUCAUCGUUACAAGUCAACGAGCGAAUGAUCUGGUUCACUAAAAACACCUGGAUUCGUGUUCGGACUUCAGAAGGGAAGAGGCAUGAAGUCAGAAUCAUCCUUGCCCAUUUGGGCCUCAACGUAUCGAGACUCAUCCGUGUUCGGUAUGCCGCAUACACGUUGAAGGACCUUCGAGUGGGCGAUAUCAAACGCGUUGAGAUAUCCCCAUUGUUGAAAUAUAAACCGAAAUGAAUUUUCAUAUAUCGCGAGAAAAAAAAAGGUAAUUUAAGGAGUUUGCAUAGGGGGGUCUUCGCUCGCAGGAAUGAGCGUAUGCCAGGAUUUGGACAGUAACCCCCACGUGAUGGAUGAUGCGGCAUUUCUGUACCUAAUCUGUUCUGAAAUGCUCUCUAUUAGGUCUUGAUGUGUGCGUCCUAUAUCCUCCAGUGCUUGAAACGCCUGUCUUCUAAUUGCGUUGUUUGGAUCAAUGGAAUAGAUGUCCACGACCAACGAGAGGAGUUGAUGGGAAAAUUGUGUCGAUCUUGUAACCAGAUUAAUGCCUGCUCUUCGAACGGACAGGUCUUUAUGUCUGAGGAGCGCAAUCAGUGGCGCGCUAGACAAGGGGAACCAGGAAUGUGCACUGAUGUCUAUCAGCCUCCCGAAUAUGUUCAGAAAAUUCGCACAUAUACGGAGUAAAUGUGAAUUCAUAUCUGCCAACAAGAUGACAUCCAUAAUGAAGGGGAGCGCCUGAGUUCUCCAUUGGGACAUGAUUUCGACAAAAUCGGUCAGGUUCUGCAUGUUCUUGUUGCACAUAAUAAACUUCAGAAGCGAUCGGAUCUCCGAAAAGCGUUUUACGGGUAUGAUGCACUGAAAUAUACUCAACCUCAAUUCGUGGUUAUAUCGAUAUCUUUUUUUGUGUACGAUGUUUUCCAAAUGGUAAUAAUUCGGUAGAAACACUUUAUGCGUGUACCAGAGAUCUUCGGUUCCCUUCGGCUCGCGAUCACCUUCAGUGUCUUCGGGCAACGCGACCUCUGUGAAGGCCAUUGAACAAAGCCUGUCUUUUGACUUCGCUUUUUUUUUCACCAAAUUCGUUGUGAGAUGGGAACCUUGGUGCCACGGGGUCGUGAGACGGGCUCGCCAAGAGCAGUUUGGGCUUGGCGUGAAGUUGCGAGAUUACUUUUAACGCUUGUUUUAACACCAUUGGAUUUCUGUCUUCCAGAGCGCACGUCACGGUCGGCAACAACAAUAACGUUUCUCUUUUGCCCUGGUCGUCUUUGGCGCUCAUAAAGC